ACAAUACUGGACAUCUGUCGCUUCUUGUAAACGUCAGCUGUGGGUUUCCUCCGGGCGGCAUUCCUGUGCAGUCGUUUAGUUUAGAAGUCAUUAGGAUGCAUCAACAGUGGCGUCAUAAGUUGGACUACGUCAUCACCCUGCUCGGCUACAGUGUCGGAUCUGGGACGUUCAUCAAGUUCCCCUUCUACUGUAUGCGAAAUGGCGGAGGAGCGUUCCUGAUACCCUAUCUGCUUUUUACCGUUAUUUGUGCCAUCCCCUGCGUCUUCCUGGAGAUGGUGAUUGGGCAGUAUUCGCAAAGUGGGCCUGUCAAGGUCUGGAAUCUCUGCCCACCUUUUAAAGGCAUUGGCGUGGGGGCCCUCAUAUUCUCAGGGCUAUAUUAUUCCUACUACAACGUCUACUUUGGUUGGUUCGUGUACUACUUCUAUCACUCCUUCUCAACCAAGCUGCCCUGGACUCACUGCCAUAACACCUGGAACACCUUAGACUGUGUAUCAUAUCUGUCCACCGAUAACACAUCUUCUGUCGACAGCAGUAACGUAACUGUCGACAACGUGACAUCAGUUGUUCUGGAUGUUGAUCGUAGAACUGCAGCCGAGGAGUUCUGGAGAUUGCAUGUCCUGAAUAUAUCCAAUGGUCUGGAACAUCUGGGGAGUAUACAAUGGCCAUUGGCGGGAUGUCUCGUUGUCACGAAUGCCAUUUUGUUCUUAUGGGUUGUUCAAGGAAUUAAAGUAUCUGGAAAGCUUGUCUACAUCACUGUGAUCAUCCCGUACAUCCUCAUCGCCGUCUUCCUCAUCCAGGGAUGUCUACUUCCGGGGUCAUUGCAAGGAAUGUACUACUACAUCUACCCUAAUUUCGAAAUGCUUCUGGAGCCGAGAGUGUGGAUCGAAGCGUGUGGAUACGCCCUGUUUUCUGUUGGUGUCUCCACUGGCUGUAUCAUCACUAUGUCUGGUCACAACAAGAAGCACAACAACUGUCUCAGGGAUGCAGUGGUGUGUAGCCUCGUCGACGCGCUCUCCGGCGUCUUCAUCGGAUUCGCUUUCUUUUCCAUCAUUGGUCAUGUAGCUCACCUUCGCGGAGUGGAAGUGGACGCUUUUGCAUCUUCAGGAUUCAACCUUGCAUUCAUCGUCUACCCUGAAGUCCUGGCUUAUCUUCCUCUACCGCAGCUGUGGUCGGUCUUGACGUUCCUGACUUUGAUGUCCCUUGCUGUAGACACGAUGGUUCCGGGGAUAGAUAUUAUAAUAGCGUCCCUGGAAGACCAGUUCCCACGAUGGACAAAACGUCGUUGGUUGACCAUCCUCGCAGUGCUGCUCAUUAUGUUCCUGUUUGGCUUCUUAUACAUUACGCAGGGUGGGCUUUACGUGAUCACCCUGGUUGACUGGUUCGCCUACUUCCCAGCCUUAGCUCUUUAUGCUCUUUUGGAGUGCAUCGGGGUCGGCUGGUGUUACGGAAUACGGAAGUUGCAAGAAGACGUUCGAACAAUGUGGGGCAAGAACACGCCACCCAUUAUAUCUGCCGCCAUCAAAUAUGUCUGCCCUCUUCUUAUCAUGGUGAUAUUUGGGCAUUCCGUGUAUUCUUACCGACCUCCUAAGUACGGGACGUACAUAUUCCCAGCCUGGGCCAAUGUAGUCGGUUGGAUGAUAUCACUUGUAUCAGUCCUGCCUUUCCCAAUCAUCUUCAUCUGGACGGUUGUCACCACAAGUGGGUCUUCUCUUAAAGAGAAAUUAAGCAUUGCAUUAGAACCAAACGACCAAUGGCGACGAGCAACUCCAGACGAAAACAUGACCGAAGUCCUCCAAUCAAUGAUAUAGGCUGAGAGAACAUGCAACAGGAAAUCAGUAGGCCAACAUGCGGUGGCUCACAAAUAGGAGAUAGUCAAAUUCCCCCAGCCCAGAGAG